CUCGCCCCGCAUGUUCAGGACCAAACGAUCUGCGCUCGUCCGGCGUCUCUGGAGGAGCCGUGCGCCCGGCGGCGAGGACGAGGAGGAGGGCGCAGGGGGAGGCGGAGGAGGAGGAGGCGAGCUGCGGGGAGAAGGGGCGACGGACGGCCGGGCGCAUGGGGCCGGUGGUGGCGGCGGCGCGGGCAGGGCUGGCUGCUGCCUGGGCAAGGCGGUCCGAGGUGCCAAAGGUCACCACCAUCCCCACCCCCCAGCCGCGGGCGCCGGUGCGGCCGGGGGCGCCGAGGCUGAUCUGAAAGCGCUCACGCACUCGGUGCUCAAGAAACUGAAGGAGCGGCAGCUGGAGCUGCUCCUCCAGGCCGUGGAGUCCCGCGGCGGUACGCGCACCGCGUGCCUCCUGCUGCCCGGCCGCCUGGACUGCAAGCUGGGCCCGGGGGCGCCCGGCGGCGCGCAGCCCGCGCAGUCGCCUUCGUCCUAUUCGCUCCCCCUCCUGCUGUGCAAAGUGUUCAGGUGGCCGGAUCUCAGGCAUUCCUCGGAAGUCAAGAGGCUGUGUUGCUGUGAAUCUUACGGGAAGAUCAACCCCGAGCUGGUGUGCUGCAACCCCCAUCACCUUAGCCGACUCUGCGAACUAGAGUCUCCUCCCCCUCCUUACUCCAGAUACCCGAUGGAUUUUCUCAAACCAACUGCAGACUGCCCAGAUGCUGUGCCUUCCUCCGUGGAAACAGGGGGAACGAAUUAUCUGGCCCCUGGGGGGCUUUCAGAUUCCCAACUUCUUCUGGAGCCUGGGGAUCGGUCACACUGGUGCGUGGUGGCAUACUGGGAGGAGAAGACAAGAGUGGGGAGGCUCUACUGUGUCCAGGAGCCCUCCCUGGACAUCUUCUAUGAUCUACCUCAGGGGAAUGGCUUUUGCCUCGGACAGCUCAAUUCGGACAACAAGAGUCAGCUGGUGCAGAAAGUACGGAGCAAGAUCGGCUGCGGCAUCCAGCUGACUCGGGAGGUGGAUGGCGUGUGGGUAUACAACCGCAGCAGUUACCCCAUCUUCAUCAAGUCCGCCACACUGGACAACCCGGACUCCAGGACGCUGUUGGUGCACAAGGUGUUCCCCGGUUUCUCCAUCAAGGCCUUUGACUAUGAGAAGGCCUACAGCCUACAGCGGCCCAACGACCACGAGUUCAUGCAGCAGCCGUGGACAGGCUUCACCGUGCAGAUCAGCUUCGUGAAGGGCUGGGGCCAGUGUUACACCCGCCAGUUCAUCAGCAGCUGCCCGUGCUGGCUGGAGGUCAUCUUCAACAGCCAGUAGCCACAGGGCCAGCCCGGCGUGUGGGGACUGGAUGGGACCGAGCGGGAGCCGAGCCGCGCAGGCCGCCAUUCAAACUACUUUGCUGCUAAUCUUUUCCUCCUGAGUGCUUUGCUUUUUCAUGCAAACUCUUUGGUCUUUUGGUUUUUUUGUUGUUGUUGUUGAUGUUGUUUUCUAAUUGUCCUUGUUUUGUGGUCUGUUUGUGUUCUUUGAGAAAUAGCUUAUGAAAAGAAUUGCUGAUUUUUUUUUUUUUUUGAGGGGCAAGUGUGGUUGGCAGGAUACCCUGAUAGGAAAAGGAGGAGCAAGAGUCAGCAAACACGUGCACGAAGGGGAACAUCCCUUCCACUUUGGGGUCAGCAUUUCACUUGUCAGGAGUGUACGUGGGGAUGAGUGUGUUUGUGAGUUGUGUGCGCGCGUGUGAACGACAGAUGGGGGAAACGAUGUGUUCUGUGUGUUCCUCACGGGCACCCCCAGCUGAGAGGUGUGCGUUUCGGCUGUGUGUCUGCUCUUUGGAUAUGCUCAGUGGUAGAGGGCAGUACCUGAGCCGGCUGCUAGCCUAAGUCUCAGCAGCUGCCAAGAGCAAGACUGCCCCAGCCUGCAGAAGCCCCCAUUCCGCCUCCUCCCUGCCCCCCCCCCCCCCGCCCACCUUAGGACACAGGCCUAUCCACAGGCUUCUGAGAAGUGAGCCUGCUAGAGGCAGAACCAGAACCAAUUGUUUUCAUCCUUCUUACUCCCCUCCUGCCCACCCCGCUGCCAUUGUGUCUGUCUUCUUUGGCCAUCUGCUCCUGGAUCUCUUGAGAUGGGCUUCCCAGGGGUUGCUGGGGUGGCCCGGUCACAGUAUUGCUUACCCAGUGCUCUCUCAGGCCCUUCAGUCUGUCCCCUGCCCAGGUUUCUCCAAAAGCCAGCUCAGCGUUUCGGUCCCCUCCCCAGCCUGCGUGUUGGGCUCCAGCAUUAAACCAGGGCAUCCCUGGGAGGGACCUGCUAAGCAGCCCCUUCGUUCCAUCUUAACCCAAGGUACCAUCCUAGGCUGACACCCAGCUCUUCUCCCAUUUCUUCUACAACUCAUACACUCGUAUGAUACUUUGACACUGUUCUUAGCUCAAUGAGCAUGUUUAGACUUUAACAUAAGCUAUUUUUCUAACUACAAAGGUUUAAAUGAACAAGAGAAGCAUUCUCAUUGGAAAUUUAGCAUUGUAGUGCUUUGAGAGAAAGGACUCCUGAAAAAAAAAAAACCUGAGAUUUAUUAAAAGAAAAAUGUAUUUUAUGUUAUAUAUAAAUAUAUUAUUACUUGUAAAUAUAAAGACGUUUUAUAAGCAUCAUUAUUUAUGUAUUGUGCAAUGUGUAUAAACAAGAAAAAAUAAGGAAAGAUGCACUUUGCUUUAAUAUAAAUGCAAAUAACAAAUGCCAAAUUAAAAAAAAAGAUAAACACGAGAUUGGUGUUUUUUUCUAUGGGUGUUAUCACCUAGCUGAAUGUUUUUCUAAAGGAGUUUAUGUUCCAUUAAACAAUUUUUGAAAUGUA